UCUGACAAGGACAACUAGAGAAGAGGACAACACAACACAUUUUGGUUCCAUUCCAUUUAAGACGCAAAGGUAAAAAACCAGAAACACCAAUCUCAUUCUCUACUGUUUUGUCCAAACAAGUUGAAAAGGUGUUGAUUCAUUCAGAUCUAUAAGUGGUGGAGCCAUCUCUCUGUCAGACUCUCUCUGUAUGUGAAAAAAAUGGAGAAGAAACGUUUGUGGGUUCCCACCGUUGUGGCACAAGUGUGUCUCUGCUUUGGUCUCUACCUUGCUUUUCAACUGGGUCAGCCUCAGAACUCUGUGAACCUCCAUAGAAGAAGUGAAAGCAGAGAUCUUUACUUCAUCAGCGUCAGAGGAGGCUUCAGACCUCUCAAGCAACAGACCCAUCUUCUCAAACAGAUGGAGAAGGUGGCAAAGAAGUACAAGGCAAAGUUUGUAGUGGACAUCAGUGAUCUUGGGAAAGAUGAUCCGCUCAUGCAGAAUGGUACCCUGCAUUUCUCAUCAUUAAAGGUUCCCUGGUAUACUACUACAGUUUCAGGCAGAUAUGGAGGGGGUUACUUCCAGAAGCAGAUAAGACUACCAUCCAAGAAAACCUUAGACCUCAUUGGUGUGGAUACUGGGUCAUUAGAGGGGAAGGUUUUAAUCUCGGGAUCAUCAAGUGAGUUUGGACUCAAUCAGUUACAUUGGCUGACAAGGACACUAGAGGAAACCAGUAGUGACUGGUGCAUAGUUGUUGGAUUCCACCCAUUGGCUAAAUGUGAAGAUAGUGAAGAGGGAAUGGAAGCAAACCAAGUCUUUGAGUCUCUACAUCAUAGUUUUAUGAAAUAUGAAGUGAAUGCAUAUAUAAGUGGGCGGGGUUGCACUAGCGAUGUCCAACAAGGUACUCUGAGCUACAUUGGGAACCCGGGCUCAACAAAUGCACUAGCUUCUGUAAAUGAGACAUCAAUAUUUAGUAGAGAACUGGAGGUCAAGUUUCUUCUUCACAGAGUCAGCUCACUAGAAAUUGUAACCUACUUUGUUAGCUUGAAUGGGGAAGUAGUGCAUAAAUCUGUACUCCAUCAGAAGGGUAAAGCAGUCAUGUAAAUUGUGUUUGAAGAGGACCAGAUUCUACCCAAUUUUUUCAAGCCAUAGAUGAUAAACUCAGCUUGCCACCAUUUUUUCUUGUGUAAUGUUUUUUUUCACCACAUCACUUAUGUUGUAUGUGAAAGGCAAGGGGUCAUUGCUUUGAAGCAAAAGCCUUUUCCUCCUUUUUGACAAUAGAUGAAAGUAUAUGUAUGUUACUUUUACAGUUUCA